AUGGCUUCUUCAACCAAUGUCCCGGUGAUUGUUGGGGUAGGCGAUUUCAAGAACAAAUCGCUAAAAGUGGAAGACGCCCACGAUCCCUCAGAGCUCAUGAUCAGAGCCAUUCAAGCAGCUUUAGCCGACACGGGACUUGGGACCGAUAUCCAACACAACCUAUCGGCGCAGAUUGACAGCAUCUCGGUUGUUCCUCCAUGGACCUGGACGUACCCAGAUCUCCCGGGUCUCCUGGCGAGCAGGUUAAAGGUGUUGCCUCAACAUACCUACUUGGCUCCGCAUGGGGGCAAUGGACCUGCGUUGAUUUGUGAUGAAGCUGCGCGGCGGGUCGCAUUGGGCGAUUCCAUGGUCGCUGUCGUAACAGGAGGAGAAAGUCUUGCCACUCUCGCUGCCAUGGGCAAGAUUGGAAAGAUGCCUCCGCCAAACUGGCCAAAGCCGAAUCCGACAGAAAAGCCCAUAGCAGCCGGUGGGCUCUCCGUGAUUGGAGACACGGUCGGAACCCGACAUUCUGUUGGAUUGCCUGUGCAAGUAUAUCCAUUCUAUGAGAAUGGCUUCAGAGCGCGCCGUGGCCAGACCUUGAAAGAGAAUUCGGCCGAGUCAGCGAGACUCUACGCCGAGUUUGACCGCAUCGCAACUCAAAAUCCAUUUGCAUGGAAUCAUGGACGUCCCCCGAAAAGUGCAGAGGAGAUUGGCAGGCCGUCUCCAAAGAACCGCAUGAUUUCUGUUCCGUACCCUCUUUUGAUGAACGCAUUCAAUACGGUGAAUCUUUCGGCUGCCUGUAUCAUCACAUCAGUUGCCAACGCCAAGGCCCUGGGUAUUCCCGAGAGCAAAUGGGUUUACCCAUUGGGAGGAGCAGGGACUCACGACAGUGACGAUUUUUGGGAACGCCCAAAUUUCCACUCUAGUCCUGCAAUGGAGGCUGCGAUCAACUCAACCAUCGAGUCAUCAUUGAUCACCAAGGAUGAUAUCGACUGCUUUGAUUUCUAUUCUUGCUUUCCAAUUGUGCCAAAGAUGGCAUGCCACUAUUUGGAUCUGCCAUUGACUGGUGGAGCAAAGCCCAUCACAUUACUAGGCGGGUUGACCUCAUUUGGUGGCGCUGGCAACAACUACUCUAUGCAUGCACUCACUGCCAUGACACGAGAGUUGCGAUCAGGUCGUUUCAACACGGGGCUGAUUCUUGCCAAUGGCGGAGUAAUGACGCACCAAUACGCCAUCUGUCUCUCCAGGAGUCCCAGAAAAGGCGGAUCAGGUUAUCCCUCCCGCAAUCCUCUACCUCACCACUUGGAAGGUCUAUCUACGCCGCAAUUCCUAGAGUACGCCACGGGCGAGGCUGUAAUAGAGAGCUACACUGCCGAUUUUGACCGCACAGGCGCCCCACGGCUUGGGCAUAUCAUUGGGAGACUGGUCGAGACUGGUCAAAGAUUCAUUGCCAACCACGCCAAUGAAUGGACAUUGUUGCGACUGGCAGAUUCGAAUAUCGAGUGUAUUGGUCAGCGCGGCCAUGUCCAGUCACUCGAAGAAGGUAGAAAUGUGUUCAAGAUUAAUCGCCAAGCUGGAUUAUGA